CAACAAGGGUCUAAUGAUGGGAAACAAGUAAUGCAAAUAAUAGGUUCCGCCUGUUUGGGUAGACCUAUACAUAGGACAUUUUAUGCCCGUGGCUCCGUCAAACAAGUGGAUCAGUAUGAGAAAUAAUAAUACGAUAGAUAAUAGCUUGUUUAAAAGACGGGAAACCUUUGUAACGUCCGGUUUGCUGUCAAUCCGGAACGGAAUUCGCCCCGACCAACAUCAUCACAAUGACGUCACGUUUUUGUUAGUUUCAGACAAAACUGAAUGUAAUCUCUGCUAAACUAUUAACGUAGGAAUAAAUGGACUCGCAGCUACACAGAUUGACACUGAACUGACUCCAGACUCCUCUCUUUUACAACUGGAUUGUGUUGAAAAAAAAAAUGGAUGGGGAUACGAAACAGCCCUUGGUGGAUGACAAAAGAGAGCGUAAUCCACCAAAGAAAAUAAAACAAGGUGGAGAUGCAGACAGUUGCAAUUCUGAUAAAGAAGAAGAGUGUUACACAGAUGAUGAAGUAGAUGAAGGCGUAGAUGAAAGGAGUCAGAAGAACAACAGUGGUGAUGCAUCUUCAGAAAUAAACCAGAGAGUGAAGCCCUUGCAAAAGAAGCAUGUUAAAAAAUUGGACACUGAGCAACCUAAAGAAACUGACACACGAGUCUAUAACCAACAGAAGGAGAGUAAGAAAGAUACAGCAGAAGCCGGUGCUCAGUCUGAUGCGGGGGAAAAAAAGGCUUGUGACACAUCAGAUGGAAAGUGCAAAGUCAAGAAUGAAAACAAUGAUGUGCAACCUGCUGGUGAUGGCCCAAGACAGAGAACAUCCAAUAAGAAACAAAACCUAGCACAUCUGGGUAAAGGUGACAUUCCUGUCCAUGAUGCUAAAACAAAAAGGAGCUCAGUUGCUGCUGAUACCUUCAGUCGGUAUAUAUUACUUGCAAUUUUACUUUCUCUACUUGCUCUUGUGGUUUUGAUUUUGUGGUUUUGGAGAACCUCAUCUCCCCCUGUGCAAAAAGAGUUAAACUUGCUGGAGAUGUUUUAUCAAGAAAUGGACAAGGUGCAAGAAAGUUUCCCCAACCAGCACCAUGAAGUUUGGCGAAGAAGCAGAAUCCAUCUAAAGAAACAUCUCAAUCUGACUAAUCCAACUGAACCAGUGAGUCUCAUCUUAACCUCUGGUCGUGAGGCUGAGAAGACUCUGGGCUGUCUGGCUCAACGGUUAGCUGCAGCAUUUUCUAAUGCUGUUAACUCCUCAGUCCUGGGUAUUGAUGGAACCAGCAAAAGUGCACAAGACAGUGACCAGGUUAAGUUGGACAUUGAUGAAACACUGAAAGAGGCCUUUGAGGGCGGUACCCAGGCAGCAGUUAUUCACCGUUUUGAAGAGCUUCCUCCUGGAUCUACACUCAUCUUCUACCGCUAUUGUGAUCAUGAGAAUUCUGCCUUUAAGAAAGUCUUUUUGGCUUUCACUAUCAUGCUACAGGAAGAGAUAGCUUUUCCACCUAAUGUCAGUCUGGGAACGGUGGAGGAGAUGGUGCAAGAGUACUUAAAAGUGAAGUUUGUCUCUUCUGACAGGACUGUUGAGUUUAACAAGAUGGAUUUAGACAAGCUAAGUGGGCUCUGGAGUAGAAUCUCUCAUCUCAUCCUACCUGUAGCUGCCGAGCAGGAGAUCGAACAGAAUGGAUGUCAAACAUAAAGGACUUUCUGUGAAUUGAACUGAAGGCUUAUUAUAUUAAGUUCACGUGUGUUUGUGUGUGUGUGUGUGUGUGUGUGUGUGUGUGUGUGUGUGUGUGUGUGUGUGUGUGUGUGUGUGAUAGAGAGUGAGACUGAUAAUACUUGAAUUCAUUUAUGAAUAUUCAUUAAGGUGACAGGUUAAGGUUCAUCUAUAAUUCUUAAUGAUGUAAUUAAAAUAUCUGUCAAUAGAAAUCUUGCAAAGGAUCUAACAAUUUUUUCGCUUCUUCUACCUUUUUCUACACAGCUCAUUUAAUUUGAAUCUCAGAAUGCAUAUGUAAUUUUAAAACAUUUGGUAGAGUUAGGAGCAUGAGGACAGCUAAACAAUUUUUUAUUGUUUAGUGAGAUCAACAAAUUACAAAUGGCACUGAAAUGUAAAUGGACUUGUAAAUGUUUUGAGCAGUCUUUAUAUGUAAAAUGACGAAUAUAUUUGAAAUAAAAAAACAUUUUAAUUGUU